UUAAGUGUGGCUCUCAGCUGCCGAGGCGGAUGAUGAUGAUGGCGGAGCUGGUUCAGGGACAGGCCUCGGUGGCUCAGCCCGGAACGAAAGAUGACUUCGCAGACACGAUACGUCGGGUCCGACAGAUGGCAGCCAAGAUGGGAGGAGACCAGGUGCCCAACCUGAACAAUUCAUCUCCAGUCAUAGACCCCUCCCUCUAUGGUUUUGGAGGCCAGAAACGCUCGCUAGACAAUGGAGGGAACCACCUCAGUGCAAUGUUACAUCAAAGGGCUCUUGCAACAGAAGACUUCAAAGUGCCUGAUAAGAUGGUGGGAUUUAUCAUUGGAAAAGGAGGAGAGCAGAUCUCAAGAAUUCAGCUGGAAUCGGGUUGUAAGAUCCAAAUUGCCUCAGACAGUGGUGGCAUGUUGGACAGGCCCUGCACGCUGACUGGCAGCCCAGAAAACAUUGAGCAGGCCAAGAGGCUGCUGAAUGAGAUUGUGGAGCAGUGUCGGUACGGACCAGGCUUUCACAAUGACAUGGACGGUAACAGCGCCAUCCAACAGAUCCUCAUCCCUGCCAAUAAAGUCGGCCUGGUCAUCGGAAAGGGAGGAGAAACCAUCAAACAACUGCAGGAGAGAACAGGAGUGCAGAUGAUAAUGAUUCAGGAUGACCCCAUGCCCACUGGAGCAGACAAGCCCCUGAGAAUCACUGGGGAUCCCCACAAAGUGCAGCAAGCCCGUGAACUCGUGGUCAAACUCAUCCGGGACAAGGAUCAGGGCGAGUUCAGAUCCAGCAGGGCAGACUUUGUAUCCAAAAUGGGGGGAAGUAGUCUGGAUGUGGUUGUGCCCAGAUUUGCUGUUGGCAUCAUAAUUGGCAGGAAUGGAGAGAUGAUUAAGAAGAUUCAGAAUGAUGCCGGAGUCCGGAUCCAGUUUAAACAAGAUGAUGGAGUUAGUCCUGAUCGUGUUGCCCAGGUGAUGGGUCAACAUGAUCACUGUCACCAUGCAGUCCACCUCAUCAAUGAACUGGUUCAAACAGCUCAGGAGAGAGAUGGAUUCAGCGGAAUGAUUGGGCGUCGAGGACGAGGCGACUGUAAUAUGGGAGGGCCUGGUGGAUUACAGGAGGUGACAUAUGCUGUACCUGCAGACAAGUGUGGCCUAGUGAUUGGCAAAGGUGGGGAAACCAUCAAGAACAUCAAGGAGCAGUCUCGCGCUCACGUGGAGCUCCAGAGGAACCCACCGCCCAACACUGACCCAAAUGUCCGCAUCUUCUCUAUCCGAGGCACCCCUCAGCAGUUGGAGAAGGCCCGUCAGCUGAUCGAUGAGAGAAUUGGGGGUCCAGGGAUGGGGGGCAACAGCAGCUUCGGUAUGAACCCCUACAGCCAGGGACCAACCACUCCACCUCAGCAUGGCCCUCAGACAUUCAUGACAGGAGGAUGGGGUACAACCUUUCAGAUAUGGCAGCCUCAAGGCCAGCAGGACCACAGUCACAAUGGAUCCCAGACAGGCCAGAUGGACUGGGAGCAGUAUUAUAAAAAGCUAGGCCAGCAGAGCCAAGCGCAAAGCACCGGUCCUGAAUACAGCAAAGCCUGGGGCCAGACAUCUGGUCCUGGAUCACAGCCUCAGACCUCGACUACCGACUACAACGCCUGGGUGGACUUCUACCGACAGCCGAUGGCCUACUUCAACCAGGGCGCGCAGCAGGCACAAGCCCCGGGCCUUCAGGAUCAUUAGAGAAGAUGCCCCAAGUUAAAGACUUGAAUCACUGAAAGGAUGGAAAAGCCCUUUUUUAACCGAGGGUUCUAGAUUUGCAACGCCUUGAAGACUUUUUUUCUUAGUGAGAAACACUAGCUGUAGAAUGACUUAUAUGAUAAAGUAAUAUUUCUAAAUCAGGAACAUUUAUUUGUUACUAAAUGCUUAUGUACACUGUUAUUUUGAAUAGACAGUAUCUGGGAUCCCUUUUUGGACUUGAGAGAGCUGUUUUGUUUUUGUUUUUUUCGUUUUCUAUAUUUUCCUGUAUGACUCAGAUUGUACCGCCAAAACGAAACCCAAGAGUUGUAACAUUUCAAAAGGCAAUAUAAUCUAUUUUUUCUAGUUCUGUUCAAUGAAACAUGACUAUGUGCUUAGCAGUCUUGAAUAUCGUUGUCAUAUGUCAUAAGAUGUUUAAAAAAACAAGUGUGAAAUGUGUUUUGUUUUUUUCCUUUUACAUAAUUCAGUGAAAUGAAACUGUGAUGUUUUGUUACAGGAAAUGUUCUUUUUGUUACAAGGUUUAAACAAAGGAUUAAUGUCAGCCAAUGGCAGUAGUUUGAAUUUAAUUCUUGUUGUGCAUUGUAUGCUGUUUUUCAUUGUCAUUUUAUUGUACUCUGGGUUAAAAACAAAAAAAAAAAAAAAAACAAGAAGGUGCAAUAUCUUAUUUCACUUUUGAAACAAAGAUGGUUCUCUAAUAUUUUGACAGACUUUUAACUUGUAGUUUUAAGAUGUUUUUUUCUUUUUUCAAAUGGAAAUGUCAUGGAUAAUUUAUUACAUUGAUCUGAUAUAGGAUUUAGGGGGAUGUUGCAAAUAGCUUUUUUGCCUUUGCUACCUUGUAAAACUAUGUAUAUAUGCUCAUAUAUUUGACUGUUAAUUUAAAAUAUAUAUGUUUCAUAUAUAUAGAAAUAUAUAACUAUAAAAUUACUUUUCCUGUGAGCACUGUUGCAGGAAAUUUGUCCCUCUUUUUCUGUUCUGUUUUCAUACUGAAAAUGUUAAAAAGAUUGUGAAUGUGUGAUUUGAAAUUCGAUGUUGCAUCUUGUUAUGAAGAAAACGAAGACGUGGUAGAUUUUUUUUUUUUCUUUUUUGUGUAUGUUCUGUACCUGAACUAUUCAAGACUGCUAAGCCUUUGCAAUUCUACCUGUGUGAUAAUAAUUAAGUGUAGUAUUUUUAUGUUUUAAGUAUUAUGAUCAAAAACUUUGUCUUAUUUGGUACCUCCCAGUUCACCAACAUCCCACUGAGUCCAUCACAGACCAGGACUCAGUGGGAUGCUGGACUCAGUCCAAUGCUAAUAACUUUUUAAUUAAUUUUUUAUUUCUUUGUGUGAUCUAAUAUAAAUGAGAUAAAUAAUGCAUCAUUAUGGAAACAUGAUUCUGAUAUUAACGUCAUUUCUUAAUGAAAAGGGAUAUAAUUUGAAAAUGUCUAAUUAUGGUGUUUAUUUUCCUUAUGUGUACAGUUAACCAUGUAUUAAAAACAUCCAGACUACCUUUAUUGUGUACUGUUAAGCUGAUUUUUAUUGGACGUUAUUCUUCUAACUAACAUUUGGCUGUGUUUUGUUGUAUUCUGAAGUGUUCAAAUCUGCUUAUAGUUUCACAUCUGAAUCUUUGAGAGCUCUGUGUAUAUACUAACAGAAGAUCCGUAGAGGAUAUUUAGGCCGACUGUAUGUUUUCAUGUUUUAUAAACAGAAAAUAUCUAUUUUCUAUAGUCUAUUGCCCAUUCUCAAGUUCAAAUAAUUGUCCGCAAGCCUCUCUUGUGGUUGAAUGA